AUGUUUAUUGAAGGAAAAGAUAUUACUAUAGCUAUAAGAGAAAAUAUAACAACACCAUGUCCAAAUAUGGAUUCAGAUAUUGUUGAUCCUGAUUCAAUCAAAUUUAAAUUUAAACCAAUUUCUGAUCAUCAUUCAAAUAAUGGAGAUUUAGUAACUGUUAUUUCACAAGAUGGUAAACAAUCAAAACUUCAAUUUCCAGGUUGUUAUAAAGUUGAUUUAUCAUUUAAAGUUAAAAAAAUAAUAAAAAAUCCAUAUGUAGAGGCAUUCUUUCAGAUGGGUACAAAUUUACCAUGUCAAACAUUUGAACAAAGAACAAGUAAAACUUUUAAUAAUAUAAAUAAUAUUUGUACUAAUAUAACUUAUCAUAAUUGGUGUCCACAAUCAUUAAAUAAUGAAUUAAGAGGAAUAGUUCAGGGAAAAAAUACAUGUAAAUUUUGUAAUUUAUGUGGUACAAUAAUUGAGGAAGAGGAUAAAAUAAAAAAAUAUAUAACUAGUCUUGAUAAAAAUACUGAAUGUGAUACUUCAAAAGAUAGGCAAAAAUUAAGUUUUAAAAUGUGUACACCAUCACAAAGUGAACUUAGAAAUAGUUCACCUGAUGUUGAAUCUAAGAUGUCAGAGUAUUGGAAUUACUUAAAACAAGGAGUUUUGACAGCUGUUGUACAUGUAGUUGAUCGUGGUAUAAUAAGUGGAAAUAAAAUGAAACAAUGUCAAAGAAUGUGUACAACCAAUGAAAAUAAAAAUAGUGUUUCAGAGGGAUAUACAACCAAACUUUUUAAAACAUUAACAAAACUUUGUACCCCAAAAGAUAAGUAUGUAGCAUGUGCUUAUCAUACAAUGAAAUUUGAUGUUUUUGGUGACUUUUAA